AUGAGUAGCCAUUGCAUCAUCGUAUCUAACAAUCGAGUUGUCAAGUCAGAAAGCCGCGGCAUCCCCUUUCUUGAGGCUCAAUUUCGACUUCAGAGAACCCAUUCCCACUUCCAAUUGCUCGACGUCUUCAACUUUGAGACCUCUACCACGAUAUUAGACUGCAAGCUUCUCGACACUUCCCUUCCCGUUUACUUUUUCUAUAACUCGGGCCCUGGCAGCGCUGCCUUCGUCGUCGGCGGCGUAGACGACACGGGGCUCGUCCUCGAAAACAACAUUGACCUCCUCGAGGAUCAGCUCCCUCGUCUCACCCCACCGCAGGUAGAUGUAAGCGACGAGGAGCAAGUCCCGCCAGGCGAUGGCCGCGUACACCCACCAACCAAUGCGUCCAUGAGUGCCAAACACGCCCGUUGUGCUGGUGCUGGUGCUGGUAGCAGCCUCCGGGACCCGGCACUGGAGGAGGAGGAGGAGGAGAUGCCGAACCUGACCGCCCAGGCUGGGAAGCGUGAACACGCCGCGUGCGAGCUUGUCGGCCUGGGUGGCCCGGAUGAUUCGGGCGAGGAUGCGUAA